AUGGCCGCCGCUGUAGGCUUGAGGGCCCGGCCACGCCUCUCGGCGGAGCGCGGAGGAUCCCGGCGGGAGGGUGGAGAGGGCGGCGAGCGCGGGUUCGAGGCUCUCUGCCCAGUUCGCUGCGCUCCACCCGAUGAAGCUUAUACUCAGAACUACACAUUUCUCUUCAUCAAAAGAGAGUUCCACUUUCCUAUGAGGCUCAACAAUCAACAAGAUGGGUACUUCAUGCGAUUGGCCUGGGCUAAGAGUACUCAAGACCCCCGGAUUGCAGUAGGUUCCUGUUCCCCACUAGAAAAGAAAAUUAAGAGUUUAGGUGGCACCCAUUCUUCACGAGUGAGAAAACUGUUAGUCCAGGAGUUCCAACAGGAGAGUGAAACAGUUGAUAAACUUAAGACCAUGUCUUUUGACUUACGGUUUGCUAAAGCAGAUGCCUUGCACCAUCGACGCCAACGCUUGAUCAGAGAAGCAUGGAAUUACAAACCAAGUCCAGAGUGUGACGCCGACCCAGAGGCGGAGAAGAUGUCCAGAAGCAAAACACCAGACAAUGCUAAAAAGUGGGACUAUCUAGUGCCUGAGAGAGAAAUUUAUCACAUAGAAAAACACAUACUCAGAGCUGAACGGGCUAGAGGCCUCAGAGACCACAAAUACCGACCACUCCCUCAGAAAAUUCCAAGUGAAACACUUUACCCACUAAUACCAAAGAAUAAUGUCCAGAAAACACAUAAAACUGUACCCCAAAGGCCUAAAAAAGCAUGGUCAAAGGAACAGAUGACGCAACAUAAAGACCGAAUGAUUAGAGGGAGAGAGCUCACAGAGCAGAAAAAUAUCCAAAGGAAGACUCAAAGCUUCACCAGCCAUGAUCACCCUCGCUUAAAACUGCAAGUGAUGACAGAGGAAGAGAAAGAGUUUGAAAAAGUCACAGCUUAUCCUCUCUUCCAGCCUUCCCGGAAAAAAGUUAUCAAAGUAACUAUUUUGAUGGAAAAGUCAAACAUGGAUGAAGCACAAAAACCACCCGAAAGGCAACGCCUGAAAAUGCCACCAUUUAUGAAAAGCCAAGUAGAAAAGAAAAGGCUUAAACUACUUUAUUGA